UAAUCUGACAUUGUCAAAGCUCAGAAUAAUGCCAAAAGCAUAAUAGAAAAGACACAUACGAAUGUCCAGAACGAAGGAUUUCAUUUCUCAAUUGGAUUUGCGUAGAACAUUCGACUGAGUAAUCGCGUAAAAGCGAAAACAAAAUUGUGAUAUUUGUUGUGAAUACUUAAAAAUUUCAAACAAUUGUGUAGUAGAAACGCUUGUAAAAUAUAAUUACAUAAAUUGUGCAAAGGGGGCUAGGUGUGGGUGGCGAAAUUCAGAAAUUCGUCGACUCAUAUCCAAAACCUCUAGAAGCAGUGAAAAAAAUCGAUUGCUGACUAUGGCGUAUAGUCAAAGAGUAUAUAAUCCUGUGGCAAUAAAAAUGGAAAAAGUAUGCCACAAUAAGUGUGCUAAGGGCGCAACAGCACCGCUACAUAGAAAAAAUACACAUCGAAAUAAUUUUGUAAGGCAUAGUUUCUCAUUGGGAAAUAGUUGCAGCAAAGACAGCAGUGCUGAUGUUGAUAGCGGUGGGAGAGGCGGUUUCUUAUGGUUUAUUAAUGGCCGCUUAUCAACUGUAAUUUGCACGUUUCUACUAUUAGCAGCAUUAACGCAUACCGCCAAUGCAACGGCAACGGACAUUGCGCUGGACGCAAAGGCCACUCUAACACAUAGAAUUGAUAGUCUUAAUUUGUUAGUAUAUACCUUUUUGCUGACACUAACUGUACUGACUAUUUGGCUGUUCAAGCAUCACCGUGUUUCCUGGUUACACGAAACUGGUCUUGCCGUCAUUUAUGGACUGAUUGUUGGCGCUGUUAUACGCUAUGCCGGCACCUCGACACCACUUGUGCACUUGGAAGUUGAUCCAGCAGGUGAUCCAAAGUUUAAUCAAUCCCUGCCACCCGAUACAUUAUGGAUGAAGUUCCCUGGCAAAUUAACACCGAAUACCACCGAUAAAGAGCCCAUACCCAACAAAACAUAUGCAUAUGUUUUUCGGGGCAUUGUCUAUGAUGUCGAUGAGAAUGAAAUCGAUUUGAAAGCCACAUUCGAUCCGGAAAUCUUUUUCAACAUAAUACUACCGCCAAUCAUAUUUCAUGCCGGUUAUAGUCUCAAAAAAAAAUACUUCUUUCGCAAUUUGGGCGCAAUUUUGAUGUUCGCCAUAUUGGGCACGACCCUAUCAUCGUUCCUAAUCGGCGCUAUUAUGUACGGCUGUGUGAAACUAAUGCCAGAGUAUUUGAGUAGUAGUUUCACAUUCCUGGACACGCUGUAUUUUGGAGCCUUGAUAUCACCAACAGAUCCACUGACAAUAUUAGCAAUAUUCCAUGAUUUGCAUGUAGAUGUCAAUUUGUAUGCGCUGGUUUUUGGUGAAUCUGUACUCAACGAUGCAGUAGCCAUUGUGCUUAGCGGCGCUAUACAAAAUUAUGGCGAACAUUAUUCGAGCACAGGCGGUUUCGAAACAAACGCUUUCUUCAGGUCGUUGAGCGAUUUCUUCUGCAUCUUUAUGUUGUCACUAUUGAUUGGCGCAACAAUGGGCUGUUUUACAGCAUUGAUAUCCAAGUUUACACGCGUACGUGAGUUCCCCUUACUGGAGUCAGCGCUCUUUGUGCUGAUGUCGUACAGCACUUUCCUGAUUGCGGAGGCAUCUGAAUUGACUGGUGUGGUGGCUGUGCUAUUUUGUGGUAUUUGUCAAGCCCAUUAUACCUAUAAUAAUUUGUCGGAGAAUUCGCGGACGCGCACAAAGGAAAUAUUCGAAUUAUUGAAUUUCUUGGCGGAGAAUUUCAUAUUUUCAUAUAUUGGCGUUUCGAUGUUCACCUUUCCGAAACAUCAUUUCGAUGCUGUCUUCAUCAUAACUGGUUUUGUUACCGCUGCUAUUGGACGCGCCGUUAACAUCUAUCCACUAUCUUGGCUGUUAAAUUUGAAUCGUAAACCGAAAAUUUCAUCGAAUUUCCAACACAUGCUGUUCUUUGCAGGUUUGCGUGGUGCCAUGUCCUUUGCUUUGGCCAUACGCAAUACUGUUUCGGAGGCACGUCAAACAAUGUUGACUGCAACCUCAUUAAUUGUGAUUUUCACGGUCGUCAUACAGGGUGGCGCAUCCAAUUUCUUGCUAAAUUGGCUUAAAAUACCUGUCGGUGUUGAUGAAGAGACUGAACAGCUAAAUAAUUAUCGCGUACGCAGUGUUUAUAAUUCAAUGGAAAAUACAGCGGCUGCGUCAAUCGAUACCGGACUCAAUUUGGGCCAGCUGCCUAUGUCGCGUCGACGCAGUUCCUUGUCUGACGCAUAUUUGCAGGAUGUCGACGUCGACGUGGAGGGUGCUGGUGGUCUUGGUGAUGCCGGUACACAGACAGCCAUGAAUGUUAAACGAAAUGAGAAGGCGUUUUUGGCAAGAAUAUGGGGAAAUUUCGAUACCAAAUAUAUGAAACCGCUUUUGACGCACUCACGACCAACGUUGCUCGAAACUUUACCAGUGUGCUGCAAUCCAGUGGCUCGCUUGCUGACAACAACCGAGCAACUUACACAGGACGGCGGUGGUUUGCGGCGUUCCGACUCGGAUUCGGAUAUUUGCAUUGAUGAUGAGAAUUUCGGUGCAUCCUCAACGAAUGGAAAUGGCGCGGCUGGUGGCGGCGGUAGUGGUGGUAGUGGCGGCUCAUCCGGCAUGGGUCCACGACGCAACUCGAUCAAUCGUAUGGAAAUAAUGGAGCAUGUGCAAAGCCCCGUUUCGACGCGCAUUAGGCUAUUAGGAUUCUACGGCAAGAAUUUAUAGAAUAACUGAAAACACAUUUGUAUGUCUAUAAUAUGUUUGUUUCAAUUUUUAAUAGCUUAAUAUGAAAAUUGAAUAAAUAAAAAUCUAAAUGAUAUCACUAAAUGUGAAAUAUAAAUAUUUUUGUGCUUAAAAAUACCACGUAAAAACAAGAAAAUAAAAAAUUUAAUUUGCUUUAAGCUACCAUGACGAUUGAUUAAUGUUUACACAUAUAUAUUAAUCAUACACAUACAAACGAAUACUUAAAAAGAUAAUCAAAUUUUGUACAAAUUAAUAAAGAUACGUUGGAUUAAUAAAAACUAGGCAAUUAAAAACAAACAAAAAAUAAUAAUUAAAACGAUUUUUCAAAUCUCAACUUCCUGUCAACCAAAUUGUUCGCAAAGUAAUUUUAGUUCAAGGACAACCGAAUAUUUAAUUGCAUGCGGGAACGCCCAUAGAACUAGUUACAAUAGAAAGCGCAGAAAACCGCCGAAAAGUCUCCAAGCAGUGCUAACCCAAAUAAUUUCGAGCUACAAUAUUUCGAAAUCUAAUACUUGAUUAAUUACAAAUUAGUAAUGGUGCAGCUGUUAGAAAUUUUGAUGAAUUACAAUAAAUGAUUUGCAAUAAAUAAAAGAAUACACAUUUUGCUUUAAUUUCAUUUAUUUCGCAAUCGGAAUACUGCACCGAAAAGUGUUGCUGUUUCUACCAAGUGAAAAUAUUGAAAACUAUUUAAUGCUAUUUUAAUAACAGGGGAGCUGUUGUUGUUAUAUUAAGAUCUUAAUCAGAAUUAUUGUGAAAUCUGAUGAAGAAACAGAAUUCAAACCGACAAAAAUUCUGGUUCGUGUCAUGAAUUCUGAUAUUAUUGGUUUGAUGUUCGAAUCAGACAUUUUAUUGGUUUUAGGAACCAAGACCUUCAGCGCUAACAGAUUUGAGAUAUUUUGUUCAAAUUUAUUUUGAUUUUCCAUUAAAACGCUUUGGAAAAAUAUAAUUAUUAUUAAAAGAGAAAAUAAGAACGCUAAAGACGUAAUCCAAUAGAUGGAAAUCCAAUCAGACGCUGUGACACCAUUGAAGUUAAGAAUUGGCCAUUGCCAUUCUGACAUUCAGCAAAUCUGUCUUGGAUUUCACAACACUCCUAAAUAUCCUUGUUUUUAGCCUCUGAAAUCUACCUAACCACUUAAGUGAUUUGAAAUCAAAUAAUUGCCAAUAUAAACAAAACGCAAGAAUAUUUUUUUGUUAAUCAUGGACUAAGUUAUAAAUUUUGCAAUUUUUAUUUAAUCAAGUAAUUCAAUGAUACAUUAUUUUCAUUUCUCUUAGUUUCAUUCAUUUUAAUUUCAUUUCAAUAAGUAAAAAAUAUAAAAUUAUUACUGAAUUCAUAUGGUGUUUCAAAAAUUCAUUAUAUGUAAGAAACUAAAAUUUUUAACAAUAAAAAGAACAAAAUCAAUUUCAUUUCUUAUCACUGAUACAGUGUUUUUCCAACUUUCAGCGUUUUAAGGUUUUUAAUGUGUUUUUGUUUUUUCUUUGAAUUUCUCGAUAAUAGAUUACAAUUUUUUUCUCUUUCGCUUUUUGCCGUGACACCUUCGCAAAAUUACUAUUCAUUAAAGUUAGAUUUAAAUUAAACAUAGCCAAAAAAAGUCUUUCAACAUUCCCAACGGCUGCAAACGCAAAUAAAUUACAGCAUAUUGAACAUGCAUUUAUAAGAUGCGUGUGCUUGUAUGUGGGUCGUGUAAUAUAAUUUGCAUUUGAAAACAAUGGGAAAUUGUUUAUAUGCCUUACUUACAAUUACUAAAAUUAUACUAUUGUGAAUAUUUUGUGAUUUUUUUUGUUAGUUUUUAGUUUGAGUUAUUGUUUGAAAGCUGUU